AUGACAAAAAUACGAGAGCUUCGCGAAAAACAAUCCAACUUCUUGAGAAGUUGCUCAAGUCCUUGCCCGCUCGACUUCUUCAAGAGGUUUAAUUUUCGAAGCAAGUCAUCUGCUAAUAAUAACUAUAAAGUAGGGUUGAAAAAGCGUUGCGAGAGGAACCUACUUCCAGAGAAUUUAUUGGAAAUGAAAAGGAAAUUUGACAAUAACGACUUGAAGACGAUUGACGCCCAAUUCGUUGAUGACCUUGACGGUGGAGUGAAUCGAACUGAUGAAAACCUGAUCAGUAACACUGAUAAUAAGGAGAACGAGGAUGGCAGUAGCAACAAUAAUAUCGACGGGGAGGGGAAGAUGUAG